AAGCUCAACGCCUGCCAGAGCAGGGCCGCGUCACCAGCCGCUGCCAGGGAGGCUGGGGCGCAGAGCCCAGCCAGCUCUCCUCAGUGGGCGCUCACAGAAAGGGCCGGGAGAACCCCCUGAUCCCAGCUCCCAGCUGGAAGCCUCUCUGCUGGCCUGUCCCACUGCGGGUGGCCCAGGACAGAGGAAAGAGGAUGGUGGAGAUGAGUAACCCGAAGCCCCAACAAGAGACGUCACCUGCCCGAGGGCACUUCUAGCACAGCCAGCAUCUAACCAGGCCUGCUGUUAGGAGCGCAAAUUCGUGCCCUCGUCGCACGGAGCCUGGCGCCAUGUUCGGGAAGAAGAAGAAGCGGGUUGAGAUCUCAGCGCCGUCGAACUUUGAACACCGUGUGCACACGGGCUUCGACCAGAACGAGCAGAAGUUCACGGGGCUGCCCCGCCAGUGGCAGAGCCUGAUCGAGGAGUCGGCUCGCCGGCCCAAGCCCCUUGUCGACCCCGCCUGCAUCACCUCCAUCCAGCCCGGGGCCCCCAAGACCAUCGUGCGGGGCAGCAAAGGUGCCAAGGAUGGGGCCCUCACGCUGCUGCUCGACGAAUUUGAGAACAUGUCGGUGACACGCUCCAACUCCCUGCGGAGAGACAGCCCGCCGCCGCCUGCCCGUGCCCGCCAGGAAAACGGGAUGCCCGCGGAGCAGGCCGCCAUGGCCAGAGGGGGCCCAGAGAAGGCGGGUGGCCAAGGCCGGGUGGCCGGUCGCAGCGAGACGGGUGGCAACAGUGGUGACAGGCGGCGGGCGGGGCCGGACAAGAGGCUCAAGUCUUCCAGGGAGGGCUCAGGGGGCCCCCAGGAGUCCUCCCGGGACAAGCGCCCCCUCUCUGGGCCUGACGUCGGCACCCCCGACCAGCCUGCCGGGCUGGCCAGCGGGGCGAAAGUGGCGGCUGGCCGGCCCUUUAACACGUACCCGCGGGCCGACACGGACCACCCACCCCGGGGCGCCCAGGGGGAGCCUCACAACGUGGCCCCCAAUGGGCCAUCGGUGGGGGGCCUGGCCGUCCCGCAGUCCUCCUCCCGGCCCCCAACCCGAGCCCGCGGCACCCCCAGCCCUGGCAUGCUGGGCCCCCACGCCUCCGAGCCCCAGCUGGCCCCUCCAGCCCGCACCCCAGCCGCCCCUGCCGCACCCCCUGCCCCUGGGCCCCCUGGCCCUCGAUCGCCACAGAGGGAACCCCAGCGAGUGUCCCAUGAGCAGUUCCGGGCCGCCCUGCAGCUGGUGGUGGACCCCGGCGACCCACGCUCCUACCUGGACAACUUCAUCAAGAUCGGCGAGGGCUCCACAGGCAUCGUGUGCAUCGCCACCGUGCGCAGCUCGGGCAGGCUGGUGGCUGUCAAGAAGAUGGACCUGCGCAAGCAGCAGAGGCGCGAGCUGCUCUUCAACGAGGUGGUGAUCAUGCGGGACUACCAGCACGAGAACGUGGUGGAGAUGUACAACAGCUACCUGGUUGGCGACGAGCUCUGGGUGGUGAUGGAGUUCCUGGAGGGAGGCGCCCUCACCGACAUCGUCACCCACACCAGGAUGAAUGAGGAGCAGAUUGCCGCCGUGUGCCUGGCCGUGCUGCAGGCCUUGUCCGUCCUCCACGCCCAGGGCGUCAUCCACCGCGACAUCAAGAGCGACUCCAUCCUGCUGACCCAUGAUGGCCGGGUGAAGCUGUCGGACUUUGGGUUCUGCGCCCAGGUGAGCAAGGAGGUGCCGCGGAGGAAGUCCCUGGUGGGCACGCCCUACUGGAUGGCCCCGGAGCUCAUCUCCCGCCUUCCCUACGGGCCAGAGGUGGACAUCUGGUCUCUGGGGGUGAUGGUGAUCGAGAUGGUGGACGGGGAGCCCCCCUACUUCAACGAGCCACCCCUCAAAGCCAUGAAGAUGAUUCGGGACAACCUGCCGCCCCGACUGAAGAAUCUGCACAAGGUGUCACCCUCCCUGAAGGGCUUCCUGGACCGCCUGCUGGUGCGUGACCCGGCACAGCGGGCCACGGCGGCUGAGCUGCUCAAGCACCCGUUCCUGGCCAAAGCGGGCCCGCCUGCCAGUAUCGUGCCCCUCAUGCGCCAGAACCGCACCAGAUGAGGCCCAGCGCCCUGUCCCUGAACCAAAGAGCCCCUUGGGUCACCCCCGCCCUGCCAGAGGCCCGCGGGGGAGCUGCCCCUGCUCCUCCCAGCCUGGGAGACACUCUGCGUGGCACCGCCCUCCUUGCUGCGGGGUGUGCGGGACCCUACUACUGAACUCCAGUUUUGGUUUUGUGACUUUAAACAAACACAGGGACUUGUGGGAGCAAGUGGGGCUCCCAGGAACCCUCGCCUCUGGGACAGGCCCGCCCUGGUGUUUUCCUGUCUCCAGGAGGACAGGCGGCCCUCCCGUCACUGGAAAUCUGCAGUGGGGGCUGCUGGGGGGGAGACAACACUACAGAAGAGGUGUGUGUGUGUGUGUGUAUGUAUACACAUGCGUGUGUGCGUGCGGAAGGUCCAGCUCCUGUCCUCCCGCCUGUGCGUGGGUGUCUCCGAGACCUCCCCUGACACGCAGCCCCCGCCCCGAGCCGUUGCGGGGGUCGAUCAUGAAUGUCUGAAGAGCGGCCUUCUCCCUCUGCCCCGUGCCCCUUUCCGUGGCUGGAUGGGGAGACGGGGGUCGGGGCUCCCCCCACCCCCAGCCUCUGUAGACCAUGACUACUGCACCUGGACAGCUUCCUCUUUUCUAGAAGUCUAUUUAUAUUGCCAUUUUAUAACACUCGAGCCCCCAUCUGGGGCCAGAUGGGCCCUGUCCUGCCGGGUGGCACUGGGGACAGAAAUAUUGCUUGAAGAAUCAGGUUCCUGCCCCCUCGGAGCAGCCCCGCCCUCUCCUCCGUCAAGUUAGUUUUACAAUUAAAACAUUUUCUUGUUUUGUG